UACGCGCUUGGGUUUGGCGCGCCGUGGAACGUCCAGGACGCGGUCCAGACGGUACUACCCACGACCGACGACCACGGCAUCCAGAUCGACGCGGUGCUCAACAUGGGCACGUGUCUCACGGUGCUCUUUGACGACGAUGGCACGGUCCGCGUGAGUCCGUGGGAGCUCGAGCCGGCGAGUGCCGAGGCGCGGCUGGCGCAGCUCGCGCUGGCGCCGCCGUACCGACUCUCGGUCGCGCUGGACUUUGUGCCGGCCGUGCCCGAGUCGACGCCCGACUACUACGUCACGGUGGCGAACCCGAUGGACCUCUCGCUGAUCCGGAGCCGUGUCGAGCACGGCUACUACCGGCAAGUGGACGCGCUCUUGGCGGACGUGCAGCUGAUUCUGGACAAUUGCGAAAAGUACAACGUCGAGACGAGUCCGAUCGCACAGAACGCGCGGUCGCUCGUCGCCGCGAUGGUGUCGGUUCUGCAGCCGCUGUUCCCACUGGAGGUCGCGGCGUGGCAAGCCGCCCACGUGGCAUUCUCGCGGGCCCACGAGCAGGCGGAGACGCUCGAGACCAAGCGCCCGCCCAAGCGCUCCAGUAGCGUCGACGGCGCGAGUCCGAAUCCAAAACGGCGCUGUACGGACGACGCCGUGAUCGUGCAAAAGCUGCGGCUCUCGGUGGCCCAGCGCCAGCAGUGGCUCCAGCGCCUCGCGAAAGGCUCGUUGGCGUCGCAUUUAAGCGUGCUCCACCGGGCGAUCCAGGCCGAAGACGCGGCCAACAUCUUUGCGUCGCCCGUCACGGACGACAUUGCGCCGGGGUACUCGGUCAUCAUUCCGCACCCGAUGGACUUUGGCACGAUGCAAGCAAAGCUGUCGCUGUACGGCUCGUUUGCGGCCUACUACGAAGACUUUAUGCUCGUGUGCGCGAAUGCCACCGUGUACAACGAAGCAGGGUCGUACGUGCACAGCGAAGCAGUGCGCAUGAAGGGGGCAUUGAGCCGCGUGAUUGGCACGAUCCUCAAGGGCAAAGCCAAGGCAGGUGGCGCGGGACAGAAGAAGCGCCGACCGCGCCGCGACUCGUUUGACAUGAACGAGAUGGAGAGUGACGAAGAGAGCUUUGCGUCGAGCGAAAACGACGACGACGACGACGACGACGAGCCGCCAAGCGACAGCAGCAGCAGCAGCAGUCAAGCGAGCAGCGACGAGGCGCCGGCGCGGCGGCGGCGCAAACCGGCGAAAUCGGUUUACAAGGACCGGUCCAGCUCGGGCUCGUCCGACGACGACGACGACGAUGAUGAUGUGUGAGCGAUGAGGUAUAAUAGAUGGUCUUUCAACUGCG